GGCGGGCUAGCCCGAAGGAUGAGGAAGAAGGCUGAGCUUGUUGACAGUACACAGAGCAGCUGUUUGCUGUUUCGGCCGAAAACCUGGCUGGUUUUCUCUCUCCUCCUCGCUGACCUCCAGCUUCUCCCCAGCUCCCAGUGGCCGGCACUGGCCGGAACUGGUUCCAGGGCAGGAGGCAGCCGUGCCGUACCUGUUUGGCCUCCCACCUUUACUGUAUAAUAAAUAAUAGACCCACGCCCCACCUGGUGAAAGUAGGGACACCCCAGAGCCCAGCCUGGCUGCAGAAAGGGAAAGAUCCUGCCCAGCCUGAGUGCAGGAUUCUUGGGCGCAGCUCUUCCGAAAAGCCUGGCAACGUCUUUCCAAGAGGGGUUUUGAUUCCACUGUGAUCUGGCUCCUCGUGUCCCCUCCGUGAGCCAUGGAUUUCGCAAAGCUUCCCAAGAUUGGGGAUGCAGAGAAGGAGAGCGAGAUGGGUUUCGUCCAUGGGGUUUCCGGACCUGUGGUGAUCGCCUGCCAGAUGUCGGGGGCCGCCAUGUAUGAGCUGGUGCGCGUGGGCCAUUUCGAGCUGGUGGGCGAGAUCAUUCGCCUCGAGGGUGACCUGGCGACCAUCCAGGUGUACGAGGAAACCUCGGGCGUCUGUGUGGGUGACCCAGUGCUGAGGACCGGGAAACCCCUCUCGGUGGAGCUCGGCCCGGGGAUCAUGGGCUCCAUCUUUGACGGGAUCCAGCGGCCCCUGAAGGACAUCACCGAGCUGACCAAGAGCAUCUACAUCCCUCGAGGAAUCAACAUCACUGCUUUGUCCCGGGACAUUAAGUGGGAGUUCAGCCCCAGCGCCAACAUCCGGGUCGGGAGCCAUUUAACAGGAGGCGACAUUUACGGCGUGGUGCGCGAAAACUCCCUCAUCAAGCACAUGAUCAUGGUGCCGCCCAGGUGCCGGGGUACGGUCACCCACAUCGCGGCGGCCGGCAACUACGACGCCUCGGAUGUGGUUUUGGAGCUGGACUUUGAGGGUGUGAAGGAGAAGCUCACGAUGUUGCAGGUGUGGCCAGUUCGCCAGAUCCGACCUGUGUCCGAGAAACUUCCAGCCAAUCAUCCCCUGCUCACGGGCCAGAGGGUGCUGGAUGCUCUGUUCCCGUGCGUUCAGGGCGGGACCACGGCCAUUCCCGGCGCCUUCGGCUGCGGGAAGACCGUCAUCUCCCAGUCGCUCUCCAAGUACUCCAACAGUGACGUCAUCAUCUACGUGGGCUGCGGCGAGCGAGGCAACGAGAUGUCCGAGGUCCUGAGGGAUUUUCCAGAGCUCACGAUGGAAGUGGGUGGCAAGACGGAGACGAUCAUGAAGCGCACGUCCCUCGUGGCCAACACGUCUAACAUGCCCGUGGCAGCGCGAGAAGCCUCCAUUUACACAGGCAUCACGCUGUCCGAGUACUUCCGUGACAUGGGCUACAACGUCAGCAUGAUGGCAGAUUCCACCUCGCGCUGGGCGGAGGCGCUUCGGGAGAUCUCUGGGCGCUUAGCUGAAAUGCCCGCAGACAGCGGAUACCCCGCGUAUCUGGGUGCCCGCUUGGCCUCCUUCUACGAACGAGCUGGGCGCGUCAAGUGUUUGGGCAGCCCGGAGCGGGAAGGAAGCGUCAGCAUCGUGGGAGCGGUGUCUCCUCCUGGCGGUGAUUUCUCCGAUCCAGUGACGUCAGCAACCCUGGGGAUUGUCCAGGUCUUCUGGGGUUUAGACAAGAAGCUGGCUCAACGGAAACACUUCCCUUCGGUGAACUGGCUGAUCAGCUACAGCAAGUACAUGCGGGCGCUGGACGAGCACUACGACCGCCACUACCCGGAGUUCGUCUCCCUGCGCACGAAAGCCAAGGAGAUCCUGCAGGAGGAGGAAGACCUGGCGGAGAUCGUCCAGCUGGUCGGGAAGGCUUCUCUUGCUGAAACAGACAAGAUCACCCUCGAAGUAGCCAAGCUGAUCAAAGAUGAUUUCCUGCAGCAGAAUGGCUAUUCCUCCUACGACCGAUUCUGCCCUUUCUACAAAACCGUGGGGAUGCUCCAGAACAUGAUUGCUUUCUACGAGCUAGCCCGCCACGCGGUGGAGGCCACGGCCCAGUCCGAGCACAAGAUCACGUGGGCCGUCAUCCGUGAGAACCUGGGGGACGUCAUGUACAAGCUGAGCUCAAUGAAGUUCCAGGAUCCUGUAAAGGACGGAGAGGCCAAGAUCAAAGCUCAUUACGCCCAGUUGAAUGAGGAAAUGCAGAACGCCUUCCGCAACUUGGAGGACUGAGAUGCGCCUCUCGAGGUCUUUCAGAGGCAGGACCCAGACUCUUCUUGGGGGGGGGGAGGCAUCGGCCUCAAGUGAACCCCUCUCGCUUUGCGUCAUAUGUUGGACAGAGUUGACAAUGUCAUGGGGGGUUUUGUGUGAGUGUGUGUGUGUGUGCGUGCGCCCAGAACAACUGUCCACUAAGUAGCUGCUGGAACACAGUGAGCAAAGAAGUCCAGGCCAUACUUUGACACUUUACUUCCCGGAGAUUUCCAUUUCCAUCUUUUGAAUAAAUUUAAGUG